CCCUCUAACUUCUCAAGGAGAGCUUGUGGCAGAAUCUGCGGCUAUUCAGUAAUUUUUUCGGAGCACAAGCUGAAGUGACAGAGUGACCUGGGCUGAGAGACAGCAAGAGAGCGAGGGCUGCAAAGUUGCACAGUCUUGAUUUCAACUCUAUACAACGGCCAGAAAAUUAGCAAAACUGAACCAAACCCAAAUUACAAUGAUGGAAGGCUGUCAACUCUGGGAUGCUGCCACAAGAAACAAUACCUAGAAAGAUUCUCAGACCAAAAACCAACCAAGAACAGCAAGGGGAUUUCUUUGAACAACGUGCAAGAGGGAGUUUUUUUUUUUUUUAAUUACACUGUGGUCCUCAGACAUUUGGGGUAUCCUUUUUCAUUCUGAUAAAAGUAACCAGGACAUCUGGAGAAGUUCUAUACUUGUGUUUGGGUCAGGAAUUUAGUCUGUGAGUAAAAAGAGGCUCACUGCAAGUAUGAAGAGACCACACGAAUAUAGCUCUUCUGAAACUGACCCAGAAGAGCUCAUCGAUGUGGGCCAGGAAGACAGUUACUGCCCUGUGACUGGCUCUAUAUCUCCAACCACAACAUCCCAGGUUUUGGCUCGAAAGAAGCGCAGAGGGAUUAUAGAGAAGAGAAGGAGGGAUCGAAUCAAUCACAGCUUGUCCGAACUGAGACGCUUAGUGCCUAGUGCUUUUGAGAAACAGGGCUCUUCCAAGUUAGAGAAAGCAGAGAUUCUUCAAAUGACUGUUGACCAUUUGAAGCUGCUACAUGCAAUGGGAGGCAAAGGUUACUUUGAUGUUCGGGCUCUAGCUGUGGACUACAGAACUCUGGGUUUCCGAGAGUGCAUGGGAGAAGUUGCUCGCUACCUGAGCUCACUGGAAGGUCUGGACAAUACAGAUCCCAUUGGUGCACGUCUGGUAUCACACCUCAACCACUGUGCAAGUGAAAUGGAUCCCUUAAUACACAGUCCUGCUUCUUUGACCUUUCCACCCUGGCCAUGGGGCUUCCCUCAACUGUCCAAUCCAUUCCCUCGAACAGUUGGUGAGAUAAGGAGAGAAAUAGCAGCACCUGGUCCAGCCCUUCUCACCCCCUCGACUGUAACCUUUCAGUCGCCUUCCAUUCGAAGUGCUCCAGUUGGCUGUUUGUCAAACAGUCCUCCAGCCAUUGUGAUGUCUGCUUUAGGUUCACCCACUGUUCGAAGAGUCAUCCCAACAGCUGCAAGUCCAAGUACUAGACUCACUCAAGCAGGCAACAGCUUGAAUGCAAUGCCAUCGGCAGAACAACAUGUAACCUCAUCAUUACUGAACACCCCUGCUGCCCGUGAUUCUGGCACACAGUCCUUCAGGCCCUUCACUAGCUUUCCUUCACCUGCCUCAAGCGCCUCUUCUGCUCAGUUAACUAAUUCACUUAGCACAGGUAAAGGCAGUCGACUGUGGGUGACGGAAAUUGGAGUUUUCUGAAUCUGAAACUGUUGAAGCAAGGUGGAGUGAGAGACUGGAUCAUGUGGAAGAUUAAAAAAAAACACUCAAAGAUUUUAGGCAACUAUGGUCAACAUGUUUUGUUUGUUGUAUUUUCCAUAAAUGCUUCAACGGUUUGUCUAGGAGCUGCGUAAAGAAAAGUGAAUGUUGGAAAAUCCUCUCACACCCAUUCCAGCUUGUUUCAGUGAGUGUGUUAGAAAAAGAGUGAAAGAUGUGUUUAAGAGUAAAUUAGAAAUGGGCAUACACUCUGUAACCACUUUGUGAGGCACGACAGUUGCUAAGCAUGAAGUGCAUAUGCAUUGCCUGUCUGAGUUCAAAAAACAAAAGCAGAUUAUAGGGAGAAAAAACAACUCCAGUACAAAACACUUUAUAUUAUAAACUCUUUCCUAACAAAAACAAAAUUAAUAAUUGCCAUUGUGUCUGCCUAAGUAUUGUUUUGUACAGGCGGAUUUCACAUUGAAGCCCAGUCAAAAGAAAAGAAAGGGAUUUCUAGCUUCUAAGCUUUUCCAAACCAAUGAAAGCUGUAUUUUUAUGGCCUAAACAUUUGACUUAAAUAUCAGGAAGAAAAAUGUCAGAUGAGGUCUCCUUACUUGCAUGGCUUAUUUCAAAAUAUGAACGUUUCUGUUAAAAAACAACAUUUUUAAAUGUAAUCAUGUUGAGUGUUUGUUAUUUUACUUCUCAAUCAUUUGGCCAAAUUACAUUGAAAAUCACAUUGACAAAAUGGGAUUAAUUAGUUUGUCUUUUACAGUGGCAUGAAACGAUUUUAUGCAUAUUAUCCAGUUUUGAUCCACCAAACAUUUUAUAAUUUUUUUUUUUAUUAAAUGAGCAUACAACAGAAACUCACCUUGCACUGGAGGAUUCACACACAUAUACUGGCUCCUGUUGAGAGAUGUUAAUCUAGCUAAAGUGUGGAAAAAGUGAGGAGGCUGGAGCCCUUAAAUUCACAAAUGUCAUUCAUCUACCCAUCCAUCCAAAUUUUGAACCUACUAAAAUCAGUUCAGGACUGCGUGGACCAUAUCUUAUCCUAUUCCAGCUUGCUUCGGGUGCAAACCACAUGUAGGUUUAACUCCAGUGUAAUGUGCUCUUGCACACAGACUCCCAGUUAUGCCAGACCCGUUAACUUUAACAUUCUUUAGGAGAAGAGCAGAAUAUCCUGAAAACCAACACUGGAAGUGGCAUGAAUAGCUUGCAGGACAGAAUUACUAAUACAGUGCCAAAAAAUAAACAACAAUAUAUUCAUUAAAUAAUGCAAGUUCAUGUUCAAUUUAAAAAAGAUGAUGAAUCCCUUAUCAACCAGCUGCUGAUAAAAUACCUUACUGGCUACUCGCUUGAAUACACACUCUUUGUUUGCAGACACUUGGUAAUCUGGAAAUUUGUUUGCUAUGAUAAAAGACCAUUUCUAAGUUAAAGAUACAAAAUGUGAAUGUGUGGCUUAAGCCUUAAUACGACUUGUGUAUUUCCAGACAUGAAUGUAUGAGUGCAGUUGUAUUAUUCAAUUCAAACUAUUUUUGCUCUGUUCUGGACAGUUUUAUUCAAUAUAAUAAAGGUAAUUUCUUUAUAAAAAAUGAA